GGCUGAUCAAAUUGCCGUUUUCUAGUGGUCUCAAAAGCUCGGAUCUAGAUCGAGAAGAAUGGGAGGUGACCGAUGCAGUGAUCCCUCUAGGAUCCCACAUAGGGACUGCGGGAGGCGCAUAUACGUGGCCGAAAAGACCGAUUAUGAUCGAUCAGAGGGAAUACUAACUUUAUUAACUACUCGAAGGAAGGAAAACUUCUAGAAAUAUUAACCGAGUAGCAAAAACAAUGGCCGAGUAUUUCGUAACAAAAACAAUGGCCGAGUAUUUCGUAACAAAAACAAUAGCCGAGUAUUUCGUAACAGAAACAAAAAUAGCCGAGUAUUUCGUAACAAAAACAGUAGCCGAGUAUUUCCGAUUAUUACCUCGGCUCUACUCGGUUAUUUCAGUUUUGUAUGGAAUACAUGAUAUGCAACAUAUUACCGCUGUUAUUUGACCGUAUUAAUCAUUCCUCAAUUUGCCCUCAGGAAGUGCAAAGGCUGAGCACUAAAUAACCACUACCACAUCAUCUAGUAUAGGUACAAUCUCAAUAAUCAUCAUCAUCCUCAUCAUCAUCGACCGCGCACCUUCUAACUACACGUACACAUGUAAUUGCUCCAUAUCAUGAUAAUUAUGAUCCCUCCUCCUUUUCAUACUCCUGACUCGCGCAGAAGCCAGAGCGCAGUGGCUUGAGACAGG